AAAGUUCAAAUCGUGACGUUUGAAAGCCAAUUGGCAUGGCUAAAUCAUUGUGACUUGCUCUCGUACUAGAAACCAAGCAACUGCAGCAAUUUAGGAUACAUGGGUGUCGCAGCCGUAUGGGAAGUGACUAAACGCGGAUUUGAUGAAAGACAACCUUUUAGUGUUUUAGUUACAAACUUUUACAAAGAACAUGGGAGACCAAUAAGGAUAGCCAUAGAUGCUUACCAGUGGAUAUUUGAAGCUGGUAGUCUUGGUCAGUCUAUGAAUUUACCUUCGGCCACUCGUAUCAGCAAAUUGAUUCAAAAUUUUCAUGCAAGAAUUAGAGAGUUGAUUUCAUUGAACGUUUCAUUUGUGCUUGUAUUUGAUGGUAGAUUCAAACCGAAUUUCAAAAGAAAUGUUGAGUUGCAAAAAGAAAGAUCUAUUGAGCUGGAAGAUAAGGAUUUCGAUUCGGAGUAUUUGAAAUAUAAGGAACUUAGUGAACGAAAUGGAAACACUUUAGAUCAUGUUAAUGAUUUGCCUGAUAUUGCUGAGCUGAAAAGGGAACUCACAAGAUGGAACAUAGACUAUGUCGAGGCUCCAAGCGAAGGUGAGGCCGAAGCAUCUAGACUUCAACGAGUAGGUGUGGUGGAUUAUGUAUUAAGCAAUGAUAGUGAUUCAAUAAUUUUCGGUGCUACCAAAAUACUGAGAAACUUUUCAAGAUUUGAAGAUGACAAGCCUGCUGGUGCAACUGGAAUUAAGGAUCGAGAUGAAUAUUGGUGUACUCCUGUAAAUAUGAGUGCUGUUAAAAGGAAAACAGGGUUUGAUCGUUGGAGAAUAUUGUUAUUUUCAAUUUUGACUGGUGCUGAUUACAAUAAUGGGGUCAAGAAUAUUGGAUCAGAAAAGGCCUUUCAAUUGGCAUUAUCUUCCACUGAGUUUAUUACAAGACAUAUUGCCACUUGUCCUUAUGAAGAAUUUCCAGAUUUCUCAACCCAAUUGAAACAGAUCUAUUACAGAGAUGAUGGAUUACCUCAAUCUGAUACCAGAAGAACCAAGUAUAAAACGUUUCAAGCCGAUCUGUUCAAACACGUAUCUGAAAACAUCUUGGAGUAUUUUGGAAGGAAUGAGAGAGCUAUGAUAAAAGAUGGUUAUUUUGAUAAUUUCCCACCUGAUUAUGUUGUUAUGCUCUAUUAUUACCCCCUAUUGAAAAAAGAUAUAUUCCAAUUCAAAGAAGGUUCUACAAACUUUGCUGAAACAAAAAAUCCUCAAAGCUGGUUUGAUCUUCCAAAAUUUCAAGAUUCGCUAGUAUGCUUUAAAAAGACUCCACCACCAAAUGUUACAGAUGUCGAUAUAUGGUUCACGAGAAUUCUGACUGAAGCUUAUCUGCUAAAACAUAUUAUCCAUGAUGUCGAAGUACCUGCUGUUAUAGAGAAAAUGAAAACCAAAGAGAUUGGAACAUUCGAUUUAGAUCAACUAAGUGUGAGGUUCAAACACUUUUUCCCAUUUGGAGAAAUCGAAGAUCCUGAAGACUCAGAUACUAAGAAGACCAAAAAAGGGCACCUUAAAUGGAUACCAAAGGAUCUUGUUCCUACAACAUCAAAAUAUUAUACAGAUUAUUUGGAAAGAGAAGAAGCCAAGAGGAAAGAAGAAGAAGAGAAGGCAAAGUCAAUAAAAAAGAGAUCACCCAGAAAGAAGAAACCAACUCAGGCUUCAACAUUAAUAUCAAUGGGAUUCAUUGAUGCUCCUACUAUAGAAAAACACACACCAAUGCUACAAAGAAAGAAGUCUGUUGGUGUGCAGAAACAAUCCACCACUGUGCUGGAUAUGUUGAAAGUCAGUAAGGAUCCUAAAACUCCAAUACUGCCACCAGCCUUACCACCAGUUACCCAAACCAGUCCUACUAAGAGCCAGCCACUAUUUGUCGAGGAAGACUUUGAAUCUGACUUUUCAGAUGGUUCAAUUGAAGAAAUUGGUGAUCCUGCCGGUGAAAUUGAUUCAUCACCUUUAAAACCUAACAAGACUUCACCAACCAAAAUUGAAACAGAAGUCAAGAGUGCAAUCCAGGAAAGUCCCAUUAAAGUUAAAUCGAGAAAGCAAGAACACAACACCAGUCCUUCAAAAGGUAGUAGAACUUAUGAAGUUCAAGAUCUCGAAGAAGAUACCGCAUUUUCUCGUGCAAAGAAAAAAUUAGAUUUCACCAAAGUCCAAAACACUUCAACGCCCAUGAAAAAAACACCAUUGGAGAAUUUUAAAACCACUCAAGAGGAGCAAGAAAUUUCUAUAAUAACUAUUAGUGACACAUCAAUGGCCAAUGAUUCAUCAUUGAUGGAGAUAUCUCAGUUCUCAAAGUCAAAUGAAAACGAAUCCCCAAAGAAACAGACAAUUCCUGAAAAACCCGAGAACCAAUUGAAAAACUAUUCAGCUUUAGACGAUAUAUUGAAACCAAUUGAAUAUUCAAGCGAUGAUAGUGAUUAA